GUCAAAAGCACUCUUUACAAAGAUAGCACAUUAGUCUUUUACUGUAUCCAGCAGUAAUCUUCAUUUGAUUAUCACUCAUUGAGUAGUUUCAAGUAAUUUAGGGCCUCACCGAAGAAUGGGCACUAGAAAAUUAAGCCUGUGAACCCCAGAUUCUACAAAAGCUGUUCUUGACCACAUAAAUAUGUUGGCUGCCCCAAUCUGUGCCUUCAUCUGAUUGCUUCCAAAGCAGAGGAAAAGAUAGAACUGCUAUUUACCAAUAAGACAGGGGAAAUGACCAUAUUAUUAUUAUUAUUAUUAUAGUAGUAGUAAUAGUGACAGUGUUUCAUUAACUUUUCUUUGCUUCCAAUCUGCAACUAGACAUAAGCUUCUACAUAAAUACAAGUCCAAAGUCUACUUCAGUCUCUAUAGGGACCAUGUUCUGCCACUAUAUUCCACUCCUGCAUAUAUGGACUUGUUCUCCUGGCACCCUAUGCUUAUAGUCAUCAGGGGAGGAUAAGGUUACAUACUGAAGGCCUUUCUUUCUAAGUAUGUGGUUCAUCACUACUUGUACUAGAGAACUUCUAUUUCCUAUAUCAGGGGAGCAAGCAAUCUGUGCAUAACAGUAAUCACGACCAGGUUGGGAUCCAUCCAUUAUAAUAACAAUACAUCGAGAGGAAAAUGGCAGAUGAAAGCCUUUAUCAAGCUCCAAAUGGCAUUGAACAGUACCCAUACAUUCUUCCAUUAGCAACAUCAAUGAGAAGGGUGUUGGGUAGCUUGUUUCCUUUAUCCCCUUCGUGUUGCAUCUGCAGGGUUCCUAAGCGGCUAAGUCGUGUAAGCGAAAAGGCCUAUACACCUCAGGUAGUUUCUAUAGGUCCACUUCACCAUGGCAAAGAAGGUUUAAAAGCCAUGGAAGAGCUCAAACAUAGGUAUCUGCAAGCCUUUCUGCAUCGUUAUCAGACUGUCACUAGCUUGGAGGAUUGUAUAAUGAAAGUUAAGGAAGAAGAACAAACUCUGCGCAGUUGUUAUGCAGAGCCAAUUGAGUAUGAUAGUGAUGAAUUUGUAAGAAUCAUUCUAGUGGAUGCCAUAUUCAUCAUUGAGGUCUUAAUACGGUACAAUGAUGAAAGAUUGCAGCCUGAAAAUGAUCACAUAUUUAAAAAACCAAGGAUGUUAGAGGAUGUAUGGCCUGACUUGCGGAUGCUUGAAAAUCAGCUGCCAUUCUUCAUCCUUGAAAAACUUUUCUGCCCUGUUGCUACGGAGGAGUAUUCAAUCAUUAGUCUUUCUCACAAAUUCUUCAAGACUCUAAUGCAUAUAGAGGAAAUGGAAGACACUUUGCCGAGAAUAAGAUCUUCUCCAGUAGAACAUUUUGUCGAUUUUGUUAGGAAGUUGUACCCGCUGCCACCAUCACGACCAGCGUUACAAAACUCACAUGGAGGGCAAGUUGAAACUCUAGCCACACUCAACAUGAAAGAGCUAUAUCUCGCAGGAGUCAGGUUUAAGGUGGGAUCAAGCAAAAAUAUUUUUGACAUACGAUUCAAUGAUGGGACAUUGGAAAUUCCAAAGAUAACCAUAAGUGAUCAAUCAGAGGUUAAUCUCACAAAUCUUCUGGUAUUUGAACAAAGCCAAUGCAAGGAGACAGAGAAUUACAUAAAUGAUUAUGUUGGCUUCUUAAAUAUUCUUGUCAACACCCCAAAGGAUGUGGCUUUGUUAGUUAAGCAUGACAUUUUUGAGAAUAAGUUAGGUGACUUUAAAAAAGGGUGUACUAUGAUUAAGAACCUUGGUGAUAGGGUCAACAUUGUGGCCUCCAAAGAGUUCUAUUAUGCACAUCUUCGUGAACAGUUGAAUAAGCACUGCAGAAGGUCAUGGCACGUAUGGAAGGCAAAUUUGAAGCAAGAUUAUUUGAACACACCUUGGGCGACCAUUUCUGUCAUUGCAGCUGUUGUUCUCCUCAUACUCACUCUCAUACAGACGGUGUGCUCCAUUAUCAGUGUUCGUCAAACUCAUCAGGUAAGUUAGUUUCUUCCUGUCCUUCUACCCAUCAUCUGUCUACUAGCCUAGAGGUAUGAUUUAUUCCCUGAGGGAAUUGUAAAGUUGGUUCACCGAGAUGUGUAGUAGUCUUUAUUAGGAGACUAUACCAAGUGUAAGUUGUGUAACAGAAAGAUUUGGAAUACUUCUCCACCUAAUUCUCCAACA